AUGAGCGAGGCCGUCCUCCACGCGCAUGCAGAAUUCAUCACAUAUGGAGAAACCCCACCACCACCAACGGCAACAAAGUCCAGUCAACCCUCCUACAACCAGCAGGAGACCGCUAACAAAACCCCUGCCGUACCGCCAACUGACAAAAAGCGAGAAUGGCAACAAAACAACUACCAAAAUAAGCGUCAAAAGGACCAACAUUACCACAAGAACAAUUGCUCAUCUCACGGGGAUACUCGUGGCAAGCAGGCAGAGUCCUCCCAGCGGUACGUAGUGUUCACGGUCUUCACAGCCUCGUAUGAGGAAAUAUAUGAUCAAAGCAAGGACCAAAUCCCACCGCCACCUCCAAGAAAAUACCCAAGGGUGGGCAAACCAAGGAACACCAGCAAGUUGUGCAAAUACCACGAGGACAGCGGUCACAACACAAACCACUGCAACGCUCUCAAAACAGCAAUCGAGACUUUGUAUCGUGAUGGCAAGCUGGAACAAUUCAAGGUACGGCAGCCGCCACCAGUGGUCGCCAAUAUCGAGCCCAUGCGUCGUAUCAACACCAUCGACAGCGGUGCUCCUAUCACGAACAUGUCUCUUAAGGCAAGAAAACGUUAUGCACGCACCAACCACCCCAAAGAUGUUUGCAACAUCUGCUAUGAAAGGUCUGCUAAGCUACCAAGAUCUGGGUGGGAACCCAUAACCUUCUCUGAGGAAGAAGAGCGCAGAGUACAUCUCCCCCACGACGAUCCAUUCCUCAUCGACGCCAUGCUCGAUAAAUGGUCUGUGGGGAGAGUCCUCGUUGACAGCGGAUCCGAUGUGAAUGUUAUCUUCAAUGGUUGCUACAACCAUCUCCAGCGGAACAGAAAGCUACUCCAAGAUCAUGAACCGCUGCUCAGCUUCUCCGGUGCCGUUACGCAACCACUAGGUUCUGAACGGCGCUGA